UGUUCGUCUGUCUUAGAAAAAAGGCUAAACAAUUCGCACGACAAAAACGCUUCAAUAUCCCUUCUAGGUGGCGAACAACGCGGAAACUCACUCGCUUCGUAGGCUAUAUUCAGAAUAUAUAUCUAUUCGAAAGCACUGUGGGAUCAAACACCAGACAUGGUUUCGCCUGUCACAGUGGUGAAGAGUGAGGGGCCGAAGUUGGUGCCCUUCUUCAAGGCCACCUGUGUGUAUUUCGUGCUGUGGCUGCCCACCUCUGCCCCGUCCUGGUUCAGCGCCCUCAUUAAGUGCCUGCCCAUCUUCUGCCUGUGGGUCUUCCUGCUGGCCCAUGGCAUCGGCUUCCUGGGUACCCACUCCAGCGCCCGGAAAAUCCUGGCCGGCCUGAUCUUCUCCGCACUCGGAGACGCCUUCCUGAUCUGGCAGGAGCAAGGGUACUUCAGCCACGGGCUGCUGAUGUUCGCCAUCACCCACAUCCUGUACUCCUCGGCCUUCGGCAUGCAGCCCCUGAACCUGCAGGCGGGGCUGGUGAUCGGGGGGGUGUCGGGGGUCAGCUACGCCCUGCUCUACCCCUACCUGUCCGGGCCCUUCACCUACCUGGUGGGCGUGUACAUCGGCCUGAUCGGCUUCAUGGGCUGGCGGGCCAUCGCCGGCGUGCGUCUGAAGAACGACCUGUGGACAUGGACCCAGCUGUCGGCCUGCCUGGGCGCCGUGCUCUUCAUGGUGUCCGACCUCACCAUCGCCGUCAACAAGUUCUGCUUCCCCGUGCCCCACUCCCGCCUCAUCAUCAUGGCCACCUACUACGCCGCCCAGAUGCUCAUCGCCCUGUCCGCUGUCGAGUGCCAGGACGCCGAGGCGGCCCGAAAGAGGGGGUGAGGCGGGAAGCGGGCCCUCCCCCCCCCUCUCCCCCACACACACACACCACCUCUGAAUACAACCCCCCCCCCCCCCCCCUCAACACACGUAAUGGUAUUUUUUGUUUUCGGUUUGGCGUAACGUUUGAGUGGCCGGAGAGUGUCUUGGGGAGCAGCUGUAAACGAUGUUGAACAAUCACCAAUCGGCUCUGUGAACUGCAUAUCGGGUGUUAACUGUCCUUCUAGGCUCUCCCACUUACUCACCCCCCCCCCCCCCCACCACGGUGUGAAUUUAGUGGUCCAACACGAGAAUUUCAACUGGGUGCUCUUUCAUACAACCCAGCACCUUCUGUGUUCCCUCUGGAAAGGGAAGCCUUUUAGUCAAGGCUUUUGUGCUUACUUUUUCCACUGCGAGUGUGUAUGCGUGUGUGUGUCCGUUGCUGUGAGCUUGUACGGAACGUUUGGCUUUGAGUCUGAACACCCGCUGCCCACCUUCACCCCCCCGCCCCCCACACUGUUUUUGUUCCCCACACACCUCAUCGGAAGCAGGUCACACACGGAUGCCAGGAUGCCUUCUUUAUGACCAAUUGUACUGAAAGUUCCGGAAGCACACAGCUACCCACCCCGGCCCCUGCCUGUGCACCUUACAGAGUUCAGGAACAGUCUGUCAGAUUAGAGGAGCAGCUGUGUUAUUUGGGGUCGUAUUCAGCGGUCUUGGGCUCGGGUGGUGGUUGGGGGUUGGGGGGGUGUUAUGGGUUCAUGCCGGGUCAGUGUUUUUUUGGGGGGUUUUUUGGGAGCUGGUUUUCUCCCGUGCUAGUGUUUCAGGUGUAAAGGCACCGCUGUUUCAUUCCCAUUAUUGAUUUUCUUGGUCAUUAAGACUGUGUCCUGGGGUUAGGAAUAAUAAGUCCCUUUCUCUUCUGAGUAUUUCAGGUCUCUCAGUAUAGCUCUCCCCAAAUCUUCAGCACCUCUGCUCUUCAGUGUUUUCGUGUUCAACUCAAAUGCACAAAAUAAGUGACCCCCCCCCCCCCCCCACUGGACAGAGGCGUUGCCGGAAGUCGAUUUGUCCUUGUUUGACCUCGCACGUCACGGUGUUGCUUUGGGGACAGUGCUGGCACCCUUAUUGCUGCUGUGAGCCUGUGACUGUGCUAUCCUCCUUGCAUUGCCACUAAGGGAAGGUCAUGUGACCUGCAGCUGUUUGUCAGUUUAUAUUAUUCUGAGCAUGCUCAGUAGCCCCCGUAGCAGAGUGGCUGUUUCAGCACUCUUAAACCCUCCCUUGCUUGGGUCAUUCAGUAUUCUGAAUUAAUUACUUAAUUGUGAUAUUUUGCCAUAAAACCUAUUUUUGUAUAUAUUAUACCAGUUUUCAAAAGAUUUUGGUCAAUUUAUAAAAUUUGUUUAGGAAGGCAUGAGAAGUACAUUUAUGCAAAUGUGGAGAUGAGCGGCGAAAAGAGGAAAGAGGAGGAAAAGAGGAUAUUUUGUUGGUCACUUCAUAACUUUUACAUUGCAGGUUAAAAGCUAAAGAUAGUUAUUGAAUAUUGUUGUGUCUGUUUUUUUGGGGGAAAUUGUAUGCAUAUGUACCUUUUUUGUUGAACUCUCAAUUCGCUUUUAUGACCAAUGCAAGAAAUCUCCAAAAAAGUACUUUGUGGAAAACGAAUCUCUUUGGAAGCUGUGUUUUUCAUUGAUCGUACCAUUUUUCAAGGUGUUUGGUAAUGGGGCAUCGGUGAUGGACAAAUUUCAGUGGUGCCAAAGACCGUUCUCUUAGAUGAUAAACAUAAAUGAUGCUCUAACUGAGGGUUUUAGGUGUUUAAGGCCCCUAUACAUUCCAGGAAAGAAGGUUCCCCCAUGUUCUUUCCCCGUUCUGCUUCGGAUAGCAGAACAUUGGCGUUUCAUGCUGUUCUGUGAAGAGGUAUGGGCCAGCCUCAUCAAACCCGUUCCUGUACAAUCUGCACGAUCCUUCUGCAUCAUAUGUGCUGCGAUCGAGUUUGUCCCUCUCUCCACAAGUUAGUCAAAGCCCGCCAUGUUACCUCUGUACCACAGCGUGAGAAAAUCAAGCCCUUAGCAUUGAAAAGCAACCGUGGAGGGAGGAGGAUAGGAAUUUGGCGACCGUUUUGUUUCUCAAAUACCUUUCCUCUUUCAUUAGGCUUACAGCCCUCAAUCCUGUUCAGACUUUUCCGGAAAAAUGUCCAUAAUCUCAGCUCUGUGUGAAGUCUGCAGUUUUGCACGUUGUCGUUUUUCAGUAGUCUAAUGAAAUAUGUCACUGGACAGGCUUAAUAUUUUUUAUCAGCAUAGUUACUAGUGGCAUUUCUAACAAGAAUGAACCUGGGGAAAUACAUCAGUGUACUGUAGUGGGUAUUGCAGAUUAUAUUACUUAUGCUUACAUCAGUCCUUUGUUAGGCCUGUCUCAAAGGGACUAUCUGAUGCUGUAUUUCAUGAAGAUAAUUACAAAGAGCACCUUUGUUUCUUUAGUUAUGUGAUGUAUCCUAUGAAUAUUCAGUACUGUAUGUCUUUAUUCUCAUGUUUCAGCCACUUCGCUAUAUGUGGCAUGAGCUAGAAAGUAAAAAAAACACCCAGCUGGAAAAUUCUGCCCCUUUUGUGUCUGAACACAGGGAAUCAAAUGUCUGGCUGUCUACAUUGUACACACGCAGGGCUGUGUAAACACAUACACACCACACACACACACACACACACACACACACACAUCCAGGGUUGUGAACACGCAUACAUAUACAGCAGCCAUGCUGAACUGGGCCCCAGAACAUAGCGUUGACCCGCGAAAGCUUCAGAUGGAGUUGAUUGACCGAAGUCUGUCUCUCACACUGGCAACUUUCCUGUGCACGUGUUUAUUUUCGGAUACUCCUUUGUCAGCAUUUUCUUUUUUAAAUAGGCGGUUUCAAUUGUCAGCAAGAAGUUUUUGCUCAGUCAGUCAGAAGUGUCCCCAGCCCUGACAGUUAAAAGGACAGCUGGGUCACGAAAACGGCAGUGACAGGAACUAAGGCUCAAAGUGUCACCAUACAGUGUCUGAUGGUUCUUACACGUGUGUUUCGUCUGGCUGAGGAAGGUGUGCAUUUGACUCCAUGUGUUCCGAGUUACAGAAAGGUUAGAAAGAAGAACUUGUGGCAUGAAAAUGACCUGCAAAGCAAGAAAAAAGGGAAACUUCACAGAUGAACUGACACUGUUUCUGAUUCGUAUGCAGAAAUAUUGCUCACGUUUUUUAUUAUUAUUAUUUUUAUUAUUAAUUUAGAUCUUUUAUUAUUACUUGUAGUAUUAGUAUUAGUGUUAUUCUAAAGUUUUGUGCUCAGUCUGAAGGUGAAUCUAUUGUGGGGCUGUUCAUUGUUUUGUGAUGGGAACCUCUGACGGCUGGUGGGCCCAUUCGGAGAGGCUGAAUUAGAGCGAUGGGGAGACUCUUCCGGAACAAAGCGGGCUCUGUCACUGAAGGGGGUCGGACGUGGGUCUGUGAAGAGGCUCAUAGGAACUGAUGUAUGGAUGCCUUCCCAUCCCGCUCACCUGUUACAGCAGGUGCGCAUGAAGGAUCGGCUUCCUCCUGUCAACGGCUGCCUUGUUCUCUCUUUUUAUAUUCACAACAACAGGACGAAAACCACUAUGAAUGCAGUAUUGAUGAGCAGGCCUCUGGCUUUGAGUGUUAGAGCAGUUUGACAAAAAGGUCGGCAGAUGGGUUAUGGCGGCGCUGUUGUUCCCUUUUUACAAGAAACCAUGUGGAAAUGGGUCUCUGCACUCUUUAUUUUUAUCAAUAUUAUUCUCAUUAUUUCACUUAAAUAUUACUGCUAGCGUGUUUGUUUCAUGUGACCUGUGUCAGUAAGACCAUUCUUCUUAUUAUGUGCUUGGUCUUUUGUUUGAGGAUUAUUAUCGGCCUCUUGGUCCUGGUUGACUCGGUCAUUCUUUUUUUCUGACCGCAAAGGGCAUUAACCUUUUUUUUUUUUCAUGCGCUUCCCCUCAUUUUGACAGUGCCGAGUUUGACCCUGUUUGACAUUUAAUUGCUAGUGUAGGCAGGAUUCCUACAAUUCCCAUCAUGCCCCUCCACACAACUGCAGUGACAAGGUAACUUUAGCUCGAGGGCAGUCUGCUUCAUCUGAGCAAUCCCAGCAAUCAACCUCGGUGUCAGUGAUGAAUUUGAUGGUGAGGAUCACAGAGUGAAUCCCUGAGUAGAUUCAGCUGUCAUGGUCUAUGCCUGCUCUUACCCAAACAUAGUGCUUUGCAAUAAAGCGUAAUGUUUUCUUUUGCGUCAGAUGAUUGACAAGCACAGAAGCUCUAUCCAUUCUUCAGCUCAUGAAUCCUCACUCUCUUCCAUCAUGUGGAGAAUAGGGGUGACUGCCACUUUUUGACAGUUACUGGCUGUCCUAGAGCUCAGAGCAGCUUGUUUUGCGUUCAGUGUCUCGUUGUCAUGUGCCACUUGCUGAACUAGUUCCUCCUGUGUCACUGGACUUUGUCCAGUAACACAGUGACUUCCUCAAAGACAGAGUAUCAGCCAGAAUCCCUUCUGAGUUCCCAAUCCCCAGCCGUGAUGAGGACCUGUUGGGGUAACCUAACAAACAUUACUGCGCCCAGAAUAGAGGUUGUUUUGGAUCAUGUAUGAGGAUGCUGUAUCUGUUUUUUUGGGGUUUUUUUCUGAGAGAGGGCACAAGAAUGGCAAUGCAAGGCUGCAGGAUGUUGACUUUGAGACUGAGAAUGGUGUAGUUUUUGAGCCUUUUGAGGGAUUAGUUUAAGCCUCAAUGUUAGACAGUAUAUAUUAUUAAUCUUCGAUCCCUG